AUGUCGCUUUGUGUGAAAAUGUAUCAUGAAAGAAAGGGUCUGGACACUAGUGAGAUUCGGAGGAUUGUUUUCAAAAACUUAAGAAGUAGACCAACCUAUUGGAAAUGUUGGUUGAGGGGUGUGAUUGCCACAAAAGUAGUUCGAGAGACAGCGGAGCAUGGGUAUUCCUGCCUUCCCUCUUUUUCGUACAUGAUCGAUGCUCUCAAUGUUGGCACUACUUAUUUCAUCAUGGUGAACAAGGUCGACUGUGGGUUUAUGUACUACUUUUUAGCGUUGGGCCCUUGCAUUAGGGGAUUCGUCCACAUGAGAAAGGUUAUUGCGGUCGACGAUACUCAUUUAUAUGGCAAGUACGAAGGCGUGAUGCUAAGCGCAGUUGCACAGGAUAUGGAGAACCAUAUUUAUCCCAUUGCCUUUUGCGCCGUUGACAAAAAGAACGAUGCAUCUUGGACGUUCUUCUUUGAGAAGCUGAAGUCUAUUAUGGUCGAUGGACCAGAUUUGUGCUUUAUCUCCGAUAGGCACAAGAGUAUUGCUAACGGCAUCACGAAGGCUUACAACUAUGCUCAUCACGGGUACUGCAUGAGGAGCCUAGGUGAAAAUCUCUGGGUACAUCACCACUGCGGAGAACACCUCUAUCUAUUCUACAAAGCGGUAAAGGCAUAUUCUCCCGAGGAGUUUAGCGACCAUUUUGUGGAAUUUAAGAACUACUUUCUCGAGGUAGCCUUUUUUCUCGAGCAUGAGCUUGAUUUUGAGAAAUGGAGUAGGGUAUAUUUCCUCGACAACAGGUUUGACGUGAUGACUACAAAUAUUGUUGAGUUCGUGAAUGCUAUGUUGAUUGCUGAAAGGGAGUACCCCAUGGCAUACAUAUUUAAUUCAAUUGCUAAGAGGUUUGGUGAUAUAUUCAGGGAGAGGCGUGCCUACAUCCUCAAAUAUAAGGAUAACAAAUUUAUGCCCGCCGCUGAAAAGAUCUUAAGAGACAAUAUGAGCGAGGGCGACUCCCAGUGGCUGUACGGCCAAAGUCGACCUACUGGUAAGGUCGUGUUCUUGUAG